AUGGGUGAAGCAAUUCCUCCGGAAGAUGGAACAUACAGCAUCAAAGGUCUUCCUCGGCCACCAGAGGCCAUGAGAUUCCCUGAAGAGAUUCCCUACGUGAAGGGCCUGUCAGUCCGUAAGGAGAUAUCGUCCCUUGCCAACUCAGACGACCCAAAAGAGAGGAAACAGUGGACGCUAUUCGUGCUAGGCUUGGAACGCUUCAAGUCUAUGCCCGUCGAUGAUAAGCUCUCCUACUUCCAGAUUGCCGGAGUCCAACGCAUUUGGGAGAACAUGAAGCUUAUAAUUCAUGAAUGUGUGAGCAAGCACGAGCUACCAAUCUCCGAGGCAGACGAGUGGUACAAAGUAGCAAGGACCUGGCGAAUGCCAUACUGGGACUGGGCUAGGCGGCAAAGGUAUGAUGAAGACUUGGUUUGCCCCCCAGUUCUUACUCAAGUUGCCGUUCGGAUCUAUCCGCCUGCUACAAUGAAGAACCAAUUUCCUCGAAGCGGUCUCUAUCCCAAUCCGCUGCUGAGUUUCGAGAAUCCAGAAAAGGAUCCAAAGACAGGGAAGCCGUUGCCCUUUGGCAGCAUGCCAGAAGUCAAAACUAAAUGGAAUAUUCAAGACAACCCAAUAUGGAGCAAGACAUCUGCAAUCAGUCGAUAUGGAAUAUUCAAGGGAGAAAAAGAAGAGAAGGAUCCCGUGAACUACUGCACGGGCCUUGAAGGGGCCUAUGGCAAGCCCAGGUGGAGUAUAAUGGAGCAACAUUCCAAAGACUAUGCAUGUAAUCCUGGGAGUCUUUCAGAUGCAGUCAAUCGUAUGUUCUCCGAGGGCUAUAACUCGAACUGGGGACAGUUUGCUUCGACGAAGUGGAUAGCUGAAGGCAAAGGAUGUCCAAAUACAGUAUACAUAUCUCUGGAGUAUAUCCACAACAACAUUCACAACUUGACAGGAGGAAGUGACUAUGCCACUGGCAUGGGACACAUGAGCGACGUGCCAGUAGCAGCGUUUGACCCCAUCUUUUGGCUUCAUCACGUGCAAAUAGACCUCUUGUUGGCUAUAUGGCAAUGCCUCAACCCAAAGUUAUGGUUUGAUAAUGGACAAUCUGGCGAUUCUGAUACGGCUGGCGCGACAGCUUCUAGUGUCACCGACGACAAAGAGACAGAUCCUCUUGAACCGUUUCACAAGGAAAACGAUCCUGAAAAGGAAGUCUGGACUGCACAGGCGUGCCGGGAUUGGACAGAGUUGAACUAUCAGUAUGAUGACCUAGCCGAGUUUCAACGAGAGCUUCGAUCACAUAUCAACACGAUCUACCCUGGUACAGGGCAUCUCAUUGAAUCGAUGGAAACGUCCAGUAACACUCCCGACGGCCUACGACCUAGUCAGCACCAGAAUGGAUUAUGGAAAGAUUACAUCAUCAACGUGGUGUAUGACCGAUACGCCCUAGACGGCCUGUCCUACACAAUCCAGUUUUUUAUAGGUGGACCACCGGGCGAAGACACAACUAAUUUCGAAAAGCACAAUUACGUCGGCCAUGUGUACUCCUUUGGCGGUAGACAUAGUACAUCUGAAGGCUCUUGUAACUUUGACGAUUCAUCUGCUUCACCGUAUCAGAGACUACGUUCCAGAUCACUCAUUUGA